UGUGUAGAAUCAUGUUAAAAUCCAGACACCUGAAAUAGAGAAGUGCAAUUUGAUAAAAUAACAAUGAAGUGCAAUUUGAGAAAUGAACUGCCAAUGUUACGUACUCUCGCUUCUUCAAGAUCAGUCACCCCCAACAAUAAUGGCAAAUUUCCGUUUUCUAUGCCGCAGAGCAGUGCCCGAGGACGCGUACGCCCAUGACGUAUCCGCUACAUAAUCGCUGCGUUGGAGGGCCUACAAGUCGGCCGCACAGCUCGCUCCCCGAGCGUCCAGCGAUAGCUACAUACCAUGCACAAGAGCGUAGCACAGCUUUGACUUGCGAAGCAAAAUUGUCCGCUUUUCUCCUCGCAAAGCAAAGCAAAGCAACCACCACGAUGUGUAAUCUGCAAUCCACGAACACAUGCAAACACAUAUCCAAAGUCAAACACACGCGUAGCACAGCUCACGUACUUCACAUCUGGAAAAACCAUCCCGGGCGCAUGUCGAAUUGAUCGGCGUACAGUGAAGAAGUGAUCGAUCGUCGCUGCUAGCUAGCUGUCGCCGAUCGCCGGCGCGCGCGGCCGCCAUGUACGCGGCCAAGCACCGGGGCCACUCAUCGCAGCAGCACAGUAUCGACGAGGGGAUGGGUGGUACUGCUACCGCCAAUGGCCACGGGCACCGGCCAUCGCCGCGGCCGGCGCCUCGGCGCGCCAAGCUCAAGAUCCUGCUGGUCGUCAUCGCCACCAACCUCGUCUCCGUCUACCUCUUCUCCGGCGCGUCGCUGUCCGUGCACAUCCCGGCGUCCGCGCCGCGGAUGAUCCACCUGUGGGACUCGUCCGCGCUGCUGCGGGACCUCAACGCCACGCGCGACGCGCUGGCGGGGGCGCGCGCGGAGCUCGCGGCGCUGCGGGCGCAGUGCAACGCGUCGUCGUACCUCCUCGAGUCCGUGCUUGCCGGCCUGGGCGCCGUGCACGGGGACACGCCGGAGGCCAGGGACUUCGGCGGCUGGCCCGAGGAGCCCCAGGGCGAGCUCAAGCUCGCCAUCGAGCCCCACCGGCUGCCGCUCGGCUUCCACCCCAACCUCGGCACCGACGAGCUCUUCCCGGGGCUGGGGUUCGCCUGCCGCAACUUCCAGGAGGAGCUUGCGCGGUACAUGACGUACGACGUCAGCGGCGAGUGCCCCGACGACGACGCGCUCGCGCUGCAGCUCGCGCUCAAGGGGUGCGAGCCGCUGCCCCGCCGCCGCUGCAGGCCGAGGGAGCCGGCGAGGUACGUGGAGCCCGCGCCGCUGCCGCGGAGCCUGUGGUCCGUGCCGCCGGACACGACGGUGCGGUGGUCGCCGUACACGUGCAAGAACUACACCUGCCUCGUGCAGCGCGCGCGCACCAGGGGCGGCGGGCCCUACUUCUGCAAGGACUGCUUCGACCUGGAAGGGAAGGAGCGGCGGCGGUGGCAGACCGACAACGGCGGGCCGGGGUUCAGCGUCGACAGCGUGCUGCGGUCCAGGCCGCCCGGCACGGUGCGGAUCGGGCUGGACAUCGGCGGCGGCACGGGCACGUUCGCGGCGCGCAUGCGGGAGCGGAACGUGACGGUGGUGACCACGACGCUGGACAUGGACGCGCCCUUCAGCCGCUUCGUGGCCUCCCGGGGCCUGGUGCCGCUGCAGCUGACGCUCAUGCAGCGGCUCCCGUUCGCGGACGGCGUGCUGGACAUGGUGCACUCCAUGAACGCGCUCAGCAACUGGGUGCCCGACGCCGUGCUCGAGUCCACGCUCUUCGACAUCUACCGGGUGCUCAGGCCCGGCGGCGUCUUCUGGCUCGACCACUUCUUCUGCCUGGGGCCGCAGCUCAACGCAACCUACGUGCCCAUCUUCGACCGCGUCGGCUUCCGCCGGCUCCGGUGGAAGGCCGGCCGGAAGCUCGACCUCGGCGCCGAGAGGAACGAGUGGUACGUGUCGGCGCUGCUCGAGAAACCCAUGACCUGAGUGAGCAUCUCCCUGUCGGGGUCGGGGCGCCGUUUCAUUCGGUAAUGCGUUUGUUGUUGGGUUUACCGGCGAAAUUGCGGUAAAAUUUAGAAGAUUUUUAAAACAUUUCAUGAAAUAAUUAAUUCACUGCUAAUUGUUCUAGGA